AUGUGUAUGCUGUCCACGUGGUUUCUAAAGCCCAUUUGUGACUAGGCCGUUUGGAGAGAGACAGGGUUGGUCAGGAAUUGCUGAAAGAUGGUGUGGAAGAUGUUUGCAGUAGUUUUGGUUGCUUGCCUAUACUACACAACAGAUGCUUACGUUGCGAAGAUCGGUUAUCCAGUUGAUGUAGAAGGUUCUUCAAAGCAAGGCGUCUCUGACAAAUCCUGGAUUCUUAUAGAUUUUGUACUUCCUGCAGGAAAACUUACAUACUUGCGUUUUAGAUCUUCAAGUAAUGUGCCAUUGGAGGAGAAUUCACUUGAGGGACCCGUUUUCUAUUUUCAAAUAUGGAGGCCUAAUGAUAACAAUAAGUUUCUUCUGGUUCAUAACAAAGAGAUCAGUGUCUCAUCUCAGAACAGGAUAAGUAAUACUAGGGAAUUUAUGGUACCCAUAGACCCACCCAUGGAGAUUCAGGUGGGGGACUCGGUUGGCUUCUACCAAGAAGAGGACGAUAGUCUUCUAGCUUUCAGCAGUACUCCCAUUUCCCAGGACCUGCAAGGAAAUGUUUUGGCCAGCAGCAGUGGUGGAAAACCAGUAACUGGGAAUGAGUACAGUUUUUCUGAAAGUAGACAAAAUCACAUUUUCAGACUUCAAGUUGAUAUUGAUAUGUAUGCCCAACAAAAUAAACCAUACAAUAUCUACAAUUCCAAGGGUAGUGCUAUUCUUCUGAAUUGUCAUUUUGCCGAUGAAUCCUACUAUAAGUUUACUCAAUUUGGCAAUGUACUAAGCAGCCUGGCUAUCUAUAAAGGGAACGAACGACUCUUUAAAUCAUCAUUAGACCUACCAUCGUCGUAUGAUGUAACGGCCAACUAUACUCUUGUUGAACAACCAUGCUGCAUGUUUAACCCUAUGGAUGGACUCUAUAAUCUGAAUAUCAGUGCAAGUGACGCUGGAAGCUAUACUUGCAAACAUCAAGUUGAAACUAUCAAAGAGGGGACAACUGAUUUAGGUGUUAGUGAAUUUGAUGUUGCUGUUAAGGAAUCGGAGUGUGAUUUUGAGUUUAUCAAUAAGGCAACUUCGAUCCAGGAAUAUUGCAGUUUGAGUAUCUCAUCAAAAAAUGGCAACUAUGUUUGGGCAACACUAUCUGGAAAUACACAAUCUGGUGGCACUGGUCCUUUAUCUGACAACAGUGGCUCAGGUUAUUACAUCUAUGCUGAAGCCUCAGAUCCUGCUUCCAGUGGUGACUACAGCACGAUCACCAUGUUUGGUAUGAGAAAAGCCAAACAGCUACCAACAGCUCCUGGUAAACUAACAUUCUACUACCAUGCAUUUGGAGAGCAUAUCGGUUCCCUAGAUGUAACCUUAGAAUAUUUUUCCUCUGGUUCAUCUGUUAAGAAAGAGACAUCGUCUAUUGUAGAAGGGCCACAGAUGUUGGAUGAACACAAACUUUGGAGGUAUGCAGAAGUGGAUAUCCCUUCAUUCAGUGGUGUUUCACUUGAUAACCUCAACAUUAGCUUUAGAGUUGAACGUGGUGAAAGCUACAAUGGUGACAUUGCAAUUGAUGAUAUCACAGUGGUAUUUGGUAACAAGGCAUCAGAUGCAGUUUCUGGAAUUAAAGAAGACAUGCCUCUAGUCACCACAACUACAGUGACACCAGGAUUAUUCAUCGCUGGUGCCUACUGGGAAAAGGAGAGUGGGGCUUACCUUCCUGGGAACAAUGAUUUUGUUCUGAACGACGUGACAGUUGAACAGUGUCUCCAGGCUUGUGUAGAACGACAGCUCGGAUUUACAUGCAAGUCAGUGGAUUAUGUGGUCAGUGAGGGCAAGUGCCUUCUGUCAGCAGCAAGUAGAACUUUACCAAACAAAAUCCCAUUAGGAAGAUUGUCAACAUUGGAUUACUACGAGAGACUGGAAUCUCCACCUUCCACUCCAUCAGUCACCACUACAACACCAAUCACCACUUCAAUGCCAGUCACCACUUCAACACCAGACACCACUUCAACGCCAGUCACCACUUCAACACCAGACACCACUUCAACGCCAGUCACCACUUCAACGCCAGUCACCACUUCAACGCCAGUCACCACUUCAACGCCAGUCACCACUUCAACGCCAGUCACCACUUCAACGCCAGUCACCACUUCAACGCCAGUCACCACUUCAACGCCAGUCACCACUUCAACGCCAGUCACCACUCCAAUGCCAGUUACCACUUCAACACCUGUUACCACUCCAAUGCCAGUUACCACUUCAACACCUGUUACCACUCCACAACCAGUUACCACACCAGCGCCCACUACACCAGUCACCACUCAACCAUCACCUAGCACGCCUACCCCUACCCCAACAUUGGAUCCCGAAGAUAGUAUGAUAUUUAUUGUGGAAGCAAUGGAUGUACGAGCGGGACAACCAGCUCAGGGUCUUGAAGGACAACUGAGUUACUGCAAUAUGGAUGGUUCUAGUUCAGGUUGCAUGUGGACUGUUUUGGCAAGAUCAAGUGAUUAUGAGGCUGGAUUGGGAGUUGCUAUCAUUCCACGUGAUCAAGUCAAAACUGGAUUGUACAUGUUCAGACUAGAUAUUGGAAAAUACUAUAUCAAGCAGAAUGUGCUUAACAGUGUAUUCCCCUUUAUAGAGGUAGGUUUCAACAUUGUGUCUGUGACAAUGCCAGCUGCUGUGGUUUCUGUUACAUUCAGUCCUGUCUCAUGUUCUAUGAUUGCUCGUGAUCCAACCUCCAAGAGUUACGUGAAGCUACUUGAGCUUAUCCAAAGUAUACCUGCUGGUGAAUGUCCUAAUUACAAACCAGAAUGAAAAUUUAAAGAAUGAACUUUUACAAAAUAUCUUGUUUAUGGUUGGUUUGUUUACCUCAAAAUAUACUAUUUGUGUCUUUCAGAACAUACAAGUAUCUUGUUUAUUUAUUGCUAUAUGUAAUUUCAUUUUGAAAUGUUUAAUAAAUAGAUAUACAUUUGUUAAAUCUAAUGAUUUUGCAUGUUGGUUUCUUGAGAGGAUGACCUUUGAAUAUACAGGACUUUGUAACCUUGACCUUCUACAGAGGCCAUGUUCUACCUGACCUCCCACCUGACCUCCCAAUGCCUUAUAAAAAUAAAAUGUGUAUUUACUAACAGUUCACUAACAUAUCCAAGGGAGCAGGUAGUGAUCCUAAGGAGCCCUUAAAGGAUGUAUAUAACUAUCAAAGGCUUAGAAAACAAUAAAAAUGAGUUUUUUGAAGAAUAUCUUCAAUUAGAUUUAUUUUCAUCAAAUACAAUUAAGACUCUUAUUUCACUCUAAAUGUUUAAGUAAAGGAUCAAUAUGAUAUACACACGGCAACAUCAGGUCCGUAGCCAGGGGGGUUCGCAAAAAUUCUUUCAAAAUCCUGCAGUUUUCACCAUUUUGAGCACUUCUCAAGUGAUUUUAGCCAUAUUUGGGUCAAAAU